UUGUUAAAAACGGAAUGACGUUUCUGUUUUCGUCAGCAGCAGCGACUCAAGUUGACGCGGCAAAAAACUGCUUCUCGCGCAAUUUGAAUUUAAUUUCUGUGCAGGACGCCUUGAAAAUGAAUCUUGUUCAAAAAUUGCUUCAGGAUUUUGGCGCUGAUUCUGCCGUCUGGACGAUUGGCUCCAACGAAGGCAACAUGUCUUGCCAAAAUUACGAUUUGAGUUUCGCCUGGUGCAACCCGAAAAGAGAAAUUAUCCUUCCCGCGAUCAUGCAGGAAAUGAAGAGUUUGGAAAUCGUUCAAAAAGGACUCACAACGUCCAUGCUUAACGGGGCUGCCGUCUUGAAAACGUCAGAUUCUAAUUCACUGUUUCCUUUUUUGUGCGAGCCAAAAGAUGAUUUUCAAGACUCUUGCCUCGCUCUUAAGUGCAACAAAGACAGCACAUUAUUUGACGCAAACGGGAAUGUUAAGGAUGGACAAAAGUAUGGGAAAUGGACACGCACCUGCGACAAAUUGUACCUUUUCUCUGGCAAGCUUGGCACUUGGCAGCAGAAUUGGGACCUAUGCUGCAGAUUAGGAAUGCGCCCGAUUUGGUUUAGCUCUGCAUCCGACUUUGAAUGUUUAAGCAACUCGACUAAAGCGAACUGGACGCUAAACUGGAAUUAUUGGACGGCGGGACGCGCGAUGGGCACCUGGGGAAGGUGGGCCUGGUGCCCAGGAGCCGUGAUCCUGCCCGACUCGCUUUCCUGGGCUCCGGGGCAACCGGACAAUAAUCAGACCAACGAGAAUUGCCUGCAUUUGCAAGUGACGAAAAAUUCGAGCGGAAUACUUUUGUCGGACCGGAAUUGCAGCCACAAAUACGUCAUCGCUUGCCAGGGCGACGCGAUGAUGGCGUCCGACUGCAACAAGCCAAACUGUCCAAUGGAGUGUUUUAAAAAUGCAAGAUUUUUCUUGUCUUUUAGGCUCAUUUUUUAA